CUGUGUAAGAGAUAACAUUUGUUACCGAAUGGCCGAUGUUUUGCGCAGAGACUUCGAUCUGUGGUUUAGGGUAAUGUUAAGGGUGAAGUUGUCACUAUGAAGUGGUUUUUUCUGGCAUUAGUGAUGAUUUCUAUUUUGGGAUCAGGUGUAGGUCAGAAUUCAAACACAAAUCAGAACCAAGCAGUUACUGAGGGGUUUUUGCUGAAAACCACAUCGGAAACUAAUAGCAGCAACUUAUUAAACGACAGCAAAAGCAGAGGAGAUAACACAGGCGAUGAAUGUUAUUUAUCUGUUGACGACAUUUGUCCUGUGGGUGUUCUUUGCAAAGAUCUUGAUGCAGACUGUCUUGAUUGUGAAUUUAACACUAGCUGUGAAUAUGGAGCCAAGUUUUUAGACGCAAAAUGCAGACCCAAACAUCAAGUGAAUUGUACAGGCGACCAAGAAGUAACUAGGCAAUAUCAGUGCAAGUAUUGUUACCAACUGGACCAUUGGAAGUAUGCGUGUAACACAUCAACAGAUUGUUCUCUCAACAAACACCGCAGUUAUUAUCCAGCCAUGCCAUUUUAUACAGCUGUGUGCAAGGUUCAUGGUUCAGAAUAUUGUUUAGGUCGGAGAUGCUUUUACAAACAACAGCCGUGCAACUGGUCUCAAGGAUACAAAUGGUCCACAGCGCUUAUAUUAAGCAUCACCUUAGGAGGAUUUGGUGUAGACCGAUUUUACCUGGGACUGUGGCGUGAAGGAAUUGGCAAGCUGUUCAGUUUUGGGGGUUUAGGAAUAUGGACAAUUGUGGACGUCAUUCUAAUAGCUGUUGGUUAUAUUGGUCCGUCGGAUGGCAGCCUGUAUAUUUAACUGGUGUUUGUAUGAUGAAAGUUGAAUGGUUAUUUAAUGAAUCAGAUUAUGAUCGUGCUAGUGUGUACAUAACUGCUUUAGUGUUGUUUUUAUGGCAUGAGAGGACAGGUAGAAGUUUUGUGAAAAUUCUUCAAAAAUUGAACUUGUGUACAUGUAUUUAUGUGUUCAAAACAUUCCCUCAAAGAAUCACAUCAAUUCUGGGAAUGGAUAAAACUGAUGGUUUGUUAAGUAUGAAAUACAAGUUAUGCUUCUUUUUUUAUCCCUUUUGCAUUCUCUUGCAUGUGUGUUUGAGUGAGUGAAUGUUUGUGUGUGUGUGUAUAGACACCUGAAAAACUAUCCAGUAAACUGAAAAUUAUAUUAAGCUUUCAAGGAGACAUUUUUGAUGUUGUGGAUUGAAUGGGCUUGAAGUCCAAGAUUUUGUGUGCUAAUGUAUCCCUGUAAUUAAAAACACAUCAGACCUAGAAAUACUUAUAACAUUUUGAAAUACAGUCCCAUCCCAUUAUCUUGCCGAAGUCUCCCCUACACAAAUACUGACCUAAAGGUGGGGAUGGCAACAUAAAGAGGCUAUAUGAUCCAAAACUUGACGGGUAACUUUUGGGAACUUUAUUCUACCAUAAAGUGUAAUGAAAACUGGGCUUGGUAAGAUGAAACUAUUUCAUUCAUGCAUGAAGAACACUUUUUGUCAUUUGAGAAGAAAUGCCAUGAAUUUUAUUUGUUCUCUCUCAAAACAGUACAUUUUUUUUGUUCAUUGACUGUAAAGUAUCAACGUAUUGCACAUAAUUAGUGUAGCGUCUGAAACAUGGAGCUUAUCUACAUGUCAAGACCACUAUUAAAACUGACUGCACACCUCUUUAUAAAAAAUAUCUAGAAAUGUAUGAAAGCAAGAAAUCGUUUUGAAUUUUCAUAGACAUACUGAUGAAAAAAUACAUGUGCACACACACACACUGCACUCUCUCCAUACUCCUGUUUCUCAUAGACACAUGCACAGUGUCAUCAUUAGUUUCAUACACAUGCAUGUUCUUGAAUACAAUUUUCAUGUGGGUUUAAUGUGUAUCACCAGGUCACAAAUUGUGACAAUAUAAAUGAUGAAGCAGAAUGUGAUAUGUGUUUGCUAAAAUCCUGAGUUAACAGACAUGUCGAUGUAUUUUUGGUAUCAACCAUAACAUCAAAAGUUAAUCUGCAAGGUAGCUUAGUUUGUAUCUAGAUUUCACAACCAUUUAUAUCCCUUAUAAACAUGGAAAACAGUUAAAUUUACUAAAGCUAUGCAAUGAGGCAUGACAUCUUCAGACUUCUGACUGAAAUUUCAGUUAAUGUCUGCCCUAGUUGUGCUGAGAUGAAGAAACAUGUACUUCUUUAGUCAUGACACUACUGUUGAAAGUAAGCGCAAAUAGCUUCCUUGAAAUGGUAUCAAAACUUUAUAACUUUAAUUAAUAAUGAACAUUUAUAGAGCUCUUUCCCACUGGAACAGUCAUAACUCGCAAAAUACUGAAUUUCUUGAGACCCCAUUUCCCAGUGAAUUAUUGUCCAUUAUAAUUUAUAUUAUCGUUUAUUUUAAGCAAUAAUAUAUUAUUCAUUAAUCAUUACUUUUAUAAUUCAAAACAUCUGUCACGUGUUUCAACAGACAAAUGCCUGGCUUUUGAUCUUAAAUAGGGCUUAUGUUGGGGGUCAGCCAUCCUGAAAAAAUCAUUUUAGGGCUUUUUUCCGGGUUAGGUCUUUGAGGAAACACAUAAUAUGACAUCAUUUUGCUCUUGUAAGAUGCUGCAUAAUUCUACUUUCUGUCAUUUAAAUCUUUUUUUAAAGCUUUAAAAGUAUUUUUUGUUGUGUAUCCAAAUUUAACUUUUAAAAGAUUUACUUCUGUAAAUAUCAUAAAAAGUAUGGGCCACAUGCUCUUGUUUUUCUGCUUUUGACUGUAAGACGUCACACUGUCUAGUAAUGCUGUAUUAUAGGUUAUUAAAAUACAAACAGACAUGAAAUCACAGCUAUCUAAAGCUAAAGCCGAACUCUCUUAGCAUGCUUGCAGUUGGUGAGUUAAAAUAUUAGAAAUAUUUACAUUUAUGUCCCCAUUUUAUUCUUAUAUCGGUUGGUGUUUUCUAUUGUUUGACUUGGAUUAAGCAUCAUAUUUCACUAUUGUACAAUAAAUUCUGUGCAGAAAA